UUCAUCUACGUCCGCAGAAGGGCUUUAUAUAUCGACGCUCUCCUCUGUUAAGCAUCAGUUAACAAACUAGACUCUGACAGAAUGAGUGGACGCGGAAAAGGAGGUAAAGGACUCGGGAAGGGAGGCGCCAAGCGUCACCGUAAAGUUCUCCGUGAUAACAUCCAGGGCAUCACCAAGCCCGCCAUCCGCCGGCUGGCUCGCCGCGGCGGAGUGAAGCGUAUCUCCGGUCUCAUCUACGAGGAGACCCGCGGUGUGCUCAAGGUCUUCCUGGAGAACGUGAUCCGUGACGCCGUCACUUACACCGAGCACGCCAAGAGGAAGACUGUGACCGCCAUGGAUGUGGUUUACGCUCUGAAGAGACAGGGCCGCACCCUGUACGGCUUCGGAGGCUAAAUUAACGACCUGACCUGAUAUAACGACAAUCCAACGGCUCUUUUAAGAGCCACACACUUCUUC